AUGCUCCUUUACACUUCAUACCAGAGGCCUGUAGGUCCUCACCGUGAGAUCUCCCGCAGUGAUGUGGUUCUAGGGAGGAUAUUGGGGGAAGGAUUCUUUGGUCAAGUUUACGAAGGCGUUUACACAACACCUGCCGGGGAGAGGAUGUCGGUCGCUGUGAAGACGUGUAAACGCUCCUGUGCUCUCGACGUCAAAGAGAAGUUCAUGGCAGAAGCCGGGCUGAUGCGGCGGUUGGACCACCCCCAUGUGGUGCGGAUGAUUGCAAUGAUUGAGGAGGAACCUGUGUGGAUCAUUAUGGAGCUCUAUCCGUACGGAGAGCUCGAGACGUACCUCGUGGCCAACAAGAAAACGCUGGAGGUCGUGACCCUCAUCAGCUUCGCCUGUCAGGUCGCGGGAGCUCUCGCGUACCUGGAGGGUAUCAACUGUGUCCACAGGGACAUUGCUGUGAGGAACAUCCUUGUAGCGGCUCCUGACUGUGUGAAACUCGGAGACUUCGGUCUCUCUCGGUACAUCGAGGCAGAGGAGUAUUAUAAAGGUCAGAGUCUGCAGAGUGGGGGAGCACCGGGGGGCAGAGGGGGGGCUGGG